AAGCGAGUCGUGUUGUUGAGGCUCAGGAAUGCUUUUCAGGCUACAGCUGCUGAGUUUCGUUUUGCAUCAGCUGGAGCUGUUAUCGGCGGUUGACAUAAGUAUCCCCGAGGCUGUCCGUCUCUUCUUUUGCAGCCAAAGGGUGUGAUAACAGUAAGUAUGGCCACAGCUCAGUCCAUGCUGCUGCUUGCGGUCCACAUUCUGCUCAUCUCGGAGUUCAUCCUGGCCAAAAGAGACUACUAUGAGAUCCUGGGGGUCCCCAGAGAUGCCACGGAGCGCCAGAUCAAGAAGGCUUUCCACAAGCUGGCUCUGAAGUAUCACCCUGACAGAAACAAGGGCGCAGACGCAGAGGCCAAGUUCAGAGAAAUUGCAGAGGCUUAUGAGACAUUAUCAGACGAUAAGAGAAGGAGAGAAUAUGACCAGUUUGGCCAAGCUGCCUCAUCAGGAGAGGCUUUCAGAGGAAGUGGAGCUGGCGGCGGCAGCAGCGGCGGGGACUACAACUUUAGACAGCACUACCAGUCCUUCAAUUUUAAAUUUGAUGACAUCUUCAAAGACUUUGACCCUUUUGGUCAACAACAGCGACACCAACACCAGUUUCACUCUCAUAAUCAGGCACACCAGAAGAGACACUUUGAUAGUCACUUCCAGGCUCAUAAGGAGUCUAUGAACAGGCAGCAGAGAGCGUUUCAGCAGGGGGGCUUCGGCGGAGGACUGUUUGAUGACAUGUUUGAGGACUUGGAAAAAAUGUUUUCCUUCAACACGCACGCUUCCAGGACUGAGAGCAGAUUUCAAGGCUCGGCGAAGCAUCAGUGCAGGACGGUGACUGAGCGGAGGGGGAGCAUGGUGACCACCUUCACCGACUGCUCCUGAGUCGAGAAGAAAAAACACUCUCCGCACAAAUUUCAGUUACGGUGUUGAAAUCAGAUGUUAAUUUAUCACUUGGUUUGGCUUUUGUAAUUCUUUGCGUAUUUCUCUAUCAACAAAUUUCCAAGCUAGUUAUGCAAGCAGCUGUUCUGAAGCAAUAACUCAACCACUUUAUUGUUUAUUGCAUGGGAAUAAGUCGUAGGACCAUCCAAUUAUCUCUCCUCUGUUCAUCUUUUCUUGUUCAUUGUGUUUGCUUCGGUUUAUGACUGCAUGGCCUGACACUCAGGAAAAAUUUUAAUGAUUGCUCUUUUUUCUGUCAAGAGCAGAAAGGCAAAAAAAUCCUCUCAGAAAGUAUCUUUAAUACAGCAGUUAAUCAAGCAAUGCACGUGUACUUUCAAACUUUGAAUAGAUCACAAAUGAACAUCUAUUUUACUGCAAAGAACUUUCAGGAAAUUUAGCUGCGGUCACACGCUGGAAAGUGUGCAGGAUGGCCACCAUCAACUGUUACCUCAUUUUAAGUUUCUUUCUGUAGGAAUGCAUCUCCCAUCACUCAGUCAGGGUAGGAGCCUAACAUCAGUCCCAUGAUAAAGACUGGGAAAGCGAGCAGCAGGCAGCUUAUAGUGUUGCUACAGUAACUCAUUUCUCAGUCAAGCUGGAAGGUCUGACAAGUUAAGUUUCCCAAACUGAUAAGAAUGUGCAAUAUUUAGCACCUUUGAUCUUCAUGUUGCCUAUGAUUGAAAGACAGUGCUCUGCAAAUGUCAUUGUCUAACGUCUGCACUUUGUGUAUGAUAAGUGUGUAUGUGUGUGUGCUGAGUGUGGAUUGCAAAAUGUUUUAAAAAGUAAUUAAAAC